AUGGCGGAAGAACACGAGAAGGUCUCUUCUUCACCGUUACAUCAACCUUCUCCUGCUGAAAAGAAACCCGAAGAUGCUGAGAUCAAGCCUCAGGAUCCAGCGUCUUCUUCUUCUUCUGGGUUUGGAGCUUAUCCAAUGUACGAGGAACAUAUGAACCGUGGAGCUGGGAUCUACGCGGUUCCUGUGCAUCAGUUUGCAGGUCAUAUAGCUGGUCUUCCCUCAAAUUAUCUUAUCCCACUCACGUACAAUGUUCCCACAACUAGACCAAGUAAUGAGACUGAGAAUGGGGGAGAGAACCAAGGGCAAGCCGGGCAGGGUCAGCAACAACCUGCACAUCAAAGGCAGGUCGUGGAAAGGAGAUUUCAGAUCGCGUUUCAGCUCGACUUAUUUCUCAUACUUAAGCUUGCUGCUGUCAUCUUUUUGUUCAACCAAGAUGGGUCAAGACAAAGGCUCGCUGUUCUUGUGAUUUUUGCUACCAUCAUUUACUUAUACCAAACUGGAGCUCUUGCACCGUUUGUGCGAUGGCUCUCACAAGGUAUGCAUAGAGCAGCAGUACCACCACCUCGACCUCAGAGACCUGUUGCCAGAGCUGAUAAUGAUCCUGCAGCUGCAGUGCCACUAAACGAAGAUGCAGUUCCCGAGGGACAAGAGAAUGAAGCUAAUAAUGGGAAUCAAGCAAACGCAAAUGAAAACGUGGAUGCAGGACACCAAGGGAAUCAAUGGUGGGGAAUAGUGAAAGAGAUUCAGAUGAUAGUUUUCGGCUUCAUAACUUCGCUACUCCCUGGCUUUCACAACAUAGAAUAG